AUGCAUGUAGUUGCAUUCCUCAUCUGGCUGGAAAAAGUUCGUUACAGCCAGAAUGCUGUCCACAAACUGAUGGCCUGGCCGUUUUACUUGUUAGAUCAAGUUGCCAACGAAAUCACAGGUUUUUUAAGCUGCCUGGGGAGAGAGGAGAUUGGUAGGCAGUUCAUUUGCCUGUUUUCAGUCAGAAAGCUAUGCUCUCUCCACAUCGACUUGUUCGAGUUUCAUGCAAACAGGAUUGGGAUUCUUGAGGGUGUUCAAAAAAUCGUUUCUGAAGUUUGUAUAAGGGCUUUUAAAGACAUUCUAACAGGUGCUAGUGAAUUCAAAGAUGACAAAGGAGAUAAAAAGUGGUAUGAUUAUAUCACAACUGUGCAACCUACUUUUUACCACAAUUGUGCAGCUCACAAUUUUACGGCUCCAAGCACCAGUAGGGUUGGAAAUAUAUUGAAAGAUCGAAACGCUGAUCAAAGUCAGAAGUUUGAAGGUAUGAAGCUGGUGAAUGGAAGCAAGAAUAUACCUGAUGAGGAGCCGGAUGAAAGAACUAUAUUAUUGACGUUCUCGAAGGGUUGCUACAUCUCUGAAGUGGAAAUUCGAGGAUUCUUCACAAGAAUUUUUGGAGAUUGCAUAGAAGAGAUAUUUAUGCAAGAUGUGGCUUCUGGCGAACGACCAUCGUAUGCGCGGAUGGUUAGCCGUUCAUCUGCCAUGAUUUCUACCAUUGCUCCUCCCAAUAGAAAAACCAGGUACUCUAUCAACGGAAAACACAUCUUGGUCACAAAGUAUGUAAAGGGAAGUCGCGGGUGA